CUCUGCAGCAUCUUCCUACAUGUCAUGUCGGACAUGCGUGCGCCGCCGUGCGCGCGCAGAGUCCGUGGAGGCUGCACUUUUAGCGCGCACGGCGCUCGCUGUGAUGACAGGGCAGGCAGCAAAGAGGGAAAUGUCAUUGUGUGCUAUAAAUAAGCUGUCAGCAUCACUGUGGGCGCACCUGCUCACUGUCACCCCCCCGGGGGACAGCCGGGCUGAUAUGGAGCAGUCUGAAGACGGGCCAUCACGAUCGACGAACCCCCCGAGCAGGCUGACAUCAUCGCGUCUGGCGUUCCUCGUAGUACCUCCUCCUUCCUCCCCAUAACCAUUUGGAGCCGCCUGCGUGUGGAGUCAGUGGCACUUAAUCACAGAGCGCGCCGAGGCGGGAGGCGGACCGACGGGCGUGAACCAGUGCGCGGGACAGAGGAGCUUUUCAGAGGACGCUCCGCGCUUUUACGCACCUUUUCUCCUCCGCUGGACGCGCAGCUUCCUGCCCUCUCCCGUGGAGUCCGACCGCCAACCCGGAGAUGCGCACGAAAAAACGAACCGAGCCGGAGUCCCGGUCUGAAGAUGAAGAUGCUCUGGGCACCGCGGCUCCCCGUUUCCGUCCGGAGUUUGUGGAAUGAAGACGGAUUUAACGCAAGAAAUUGAUUGAAAAGCCCGAGCGGGAAGAUGUCGGUGCCUCUGCUGAAGAUCGGGGUCGUGCUGAGCACCAUGGCGAUGAUCACCAACUGGAUGUCGCAGACCCUCCCCUCAUUGGUGGGGCUCAAUACUACCAAGCUCACGGCGGCGCAGGGGGGGUAUCUGGACCGGAGCACCGGAGUGUUGCCAGCAAACCCAGAGGAAUCGUGGCAGGUGUUCAGUUCCGCCCAGGAUAGCGAGGGAAGGUGUGUCUGCACCGUGGUGGCGCCCCAGCAGUCCAUGUGCUCGCGGGAUGCCCGCACCAAACAACUGAGGCAACUGCUGGAAAAGGUCCAGAACAUGACCCAGUCCAUCCAGGUCCUGGACCAGCGCACCCAGAGGGACCUGCAGUACGUAGAGAAGAUGGAGGUCCAGCUUCGGGGUCUGGAGACCAAGUUCAGGCAGGUGGAGGAGAACCACAAGCAGAACAUUGCCAAGCAAUACAAGGCAAUUAAAGCGAAAAUGGAGGAGCUUAGACCAUUGAUACCAGUGUUGGAGGAGUACAAAGCCGAUGCCCAAUUGGUAUUGAAAUUUAAGGAGGAGGUCCAGAAUCUGACGUCAGUUCUAAGCGAACUUCAGGAGGAGAUGGGGGCCUAUGACUACGAGGAGCUCCACAACAGAGUGUCAAAUCUUGAGGAGAGACUCCGAGCAUGCAUGCAAAAAUUAGCGUGCGGCAAACUGACAGGCAUCAGUGAACCCAUCACCAUCAAGACGUCAGGAUCCAGGUUCGGUUCCUGGAUGACCGACCCGCUGGCGCCCGAAGGAGACACUCGAGUCUGGUACAUGGAUGGUUACCAUAACAACCGCUUCGUGCGAGAAUACAAGUCUAUGCAUGACUUUAUGACGUCGGACAACUUCACCUCCCACCGGCUCCCCCACCCGUGGUCGGGAACGGGUCAGGUGGUCUACAACGGCUCCAUCUACUUCAACAAGUUCCAGAGCCACGUCAUCAUCAAGUUCGACUUCCGCACCUCCUCCAUCAGCAAGUCCCGGCAGCUGGAGUCUGCCGGCUUCAACAAUGCGUACCACUACGCCUGGGGCGGCCAUUCUGACAUUGACCUGAUGGUGGACGAAGGAGGCCUGUGGGCGGUGUACGCCACCAACCAGAACGCCGGCAACAUUGUGAUUAGCAAGCUGAACCCCAACACUCUCCAGAUCAUCAAGAGCUGGACCACCAACCACCCCAAGAGGAGCGCGGGGGAGUCCUUCAUGAUCUGCGGGACCCUCUACGUCACAAACGGCUACUCAGGAGGCACCAAAGUCUACUACGCCUAUUCCACCAACUCCUCCACGUACGAGUACAUUGACAUUGCCUUCCAGAACAAGUACUCGCACAUCUCCAUGCUGGACUACAACCCGCGCGACCGCGCCCUCUACGCUUGGAACAACGGACACCAGGUCCUCUACAACGUGACGCUGUUCCACGUGAUCCGCUCAGAGGAGCUGUAACCCGGAGUCAUCGUGUUUGAGAAUAUAUCUGCAACAUCAAAGACGAUUGCAAAGACUUCUCCAUUUCUACAAUCCAGAACUCGAUCAUUCAUGAAUGCAAAGAACUCAGAAUGUGUGCAAGAAGAAAAAAAUAAUAAAAACCUGAGGGUUUCAUUCCAAAAAUGUGGUUAUUAAAUAAAGCAAAUAGGAUGAUUGUAAAAAGAUUUUUUGUAAAUAAGACUCAGUCGGACUUUUCACUUUAACAGCCGUAGAUUUUAUUUUGAUAGGGCCAUCGUUUUACUUUGGAAUGAAACUCUUAGAUCGUUUGCCGUACUGAAAAAUGAUUGUAAAAGUAGAGCAUAUAUCAGACUCAAAAAGAUAUAUACAGAUGCCAAAAAAAGAAAGAAACGUAAAGAGCGAAACAUCACGCCUUUCUUUAUUUCUAUAUAUAAAGGAAUACGUACUCCAGAGAGGCUCCAGAUAUUUAGCAGGAAGCCUCCGAGAUGAACUCUUCAUGGUCGAUGGGGUCCUGAAACAAAAGACUGACUGUUAGAACCCACGACCCAUGGACAAAAAAAUAUUUAAAAAAUGACAUUAAAAAAAAAAGGUGGCUCUUGUCAGAAAUCUCAAUAGCCUAAAGCGAGACGGUUCAUAUCGAUUUUAUCAGUAGCAAAUCUAAAGUCUGUAGAGAAACAAUAACAUCCACAAAAAGACCUGAAGGCACUGACUGUUGAAAGUGCUGUUCCUUCAUCUGAUUUUCCUUGUGUUGGUGACUCUAUGUGAAAAAAAAGAAGCCUUUCUUUGCAUGAGUAUUUUCUAUCACUUCCGUCUGCUCUUUUUCUGAAUGUCUUUCUGU